CUCAGCGCGCACAGACGCAGCAGCCUGGAAGCCUCAUCUGGCUGCAAAGGAACGAGUCACGUUGGAACUUGACGUUAGAUCCCUUUCUAUCUUUUCCCACAAAAGUGACAAAGAUUAUGAAGACUUUUUUGACACAACCAUCAUCCCACUGAAGCUCCACAGUCUCCAUGUCAAGCCUCACUUUUGCGCAACAGGUCCUGCGAGAUCAAUGUAACCGUAAACUCCGAUCGAUGUAGUAGGACGAAGCAUGCUGUCCCCGUUUUGUCCCUUUGGCACCGAGCAGGAGAUCAACUCAUGGGAUGUGGCGGAUGCAGAGUCAGGUUCAACUUUGGGAAGGUGCUCUCCAAGGUCUCGGUGUUUUUGACCAUGGUCUUGAUCUUCACCUACUUCUUCUACUGCCUAACCGGAUUCUGCGAUUCGGCUCCGAGAACCGUGUACAGCCACCAGGCUUCCUACUAUGACACCCUGGACGACCCGCGUCCCUCGCCGCGUCUCCUGCCGGACGCGCCGCAUCACCGGAACCCCACAGACUCCGUGGACGCAGCGCAGGUGGACACGCCGGCACAGCGGCUUCCCCCGCGCACGCCGGACAGCGCAACGAAGAGCGACGGCAUCCCCGUGUCCAACUCUUUCGGGACCAAGAGGUUCCCGCAAGCGCUCAUAGUCGGCGUGAAGAAGGGAGGAACCCGCGCCCUGCUGGAGUUUCUCCGCAUCCACCCAGACGUGAGGGCGGUCGGUGCCGAGCCUCACUUCUUUGACCGGUUCUACGAUAAAGGACUGGAGUGGUACAGGAGCCUGAUGCCCCGGACUCUGGACGGCCAGAUCACCAUGGAGAAAACUCCCAGCUACUUUGUCACAAAGGAGGCCCCGAGCCGUGUCUGCUCUAUGAACUGCCGAGCCAAGCUCAUUGUGGUGGUCAGGGAUCCUGUGACGCGGGCCGUAUCUGACUACACCCAGACGCUGUCCAAGAACCCAGGCCUUCCAUCCUUCCAGAGCCUAGCUCUGAAAAACACCACCACGGGUCUGAUUGACACCACGUGGAGCGCUGUGCGCAUCGGCCUCUACGCCAAACAUCUGGAGAACUGGCUUCAGCACUUCCCAUUGUCCCAUUUUCUCUUUGUCAGCGGCGAGCGGCUGGUGUCUGAUCCGGCCUGGGAGAUGGGCCGAGUUCAGGACUUCCUGGGGCUGAAAAGGGUUGUUUCAGACAAACACUUCUACUUCAACCAGACCAAAGGUUUCCCGUGCUUGAAGAAGCCCGAGGGCAGCAGCAGACCUCGCUGCCUGGGAAAGUCGAAGGGCAGACCUCAUCCCGAAAUCCCCUCCGAGGUCCUGCAGACGCUCAGAGACUUCUACAGGCCCUUCAACCACCGUUUCUACCAGAUGAGUGGACAAGACUUUGGCUGGGACUGAUCCCUGUCAAUAAAAGCCAGAUUGGCUGUUUAAUGCUCCACAGGACGGGGGAAGAGAAAUAAAAAAAAAGCCCAAUGCAAAAAUGAACUGGAACAUGACAUGCAGCAGGUCAACUGUUUGCUGGAGGAUUGAAGGUGACGUGCUGCGAUAUGCAAGACACACACAAGGUUAAUGGCUUAGGUAUUAAACCGUUUUCUGACUCGUGUGUUAAUGUUAUGCAGAAGCAAAGAACGUACCAAAGGGAAAGUUACAAUCGUUUCUUUUGAAUAGCAUUUUUUAUUUCUGUUUGUGAAAUAAGCUGAUAUUUAUAGUUUCUGUUGACUUGAAAUGCAACAGUUACAAAUUUCUUUUAUGAUAGAAAUGUAUUUAUUACACGACAAGGCAAGACAUGAUUCAAGACUGAAUAUGUUUUAAAUGUCACACGUGAUAAACCACUAUGUCUUAAUGAUCAUACUGCGGCUCCUCCAAGCAGUGGUACUUUAACUGCAUUUAUAUUACGUGCAUUACAUUUACUGUUUCUAAAUGUCAUUUAAAAUAAACGAGUUAGUUCAAUGUUCUCUGCACAUGCCAGGUGAUGCCAAUGAUCCCUCAUCUAUAAAUGUUACAAUGAUCACGCUCACAAAUUUCAUUUGCACUCAUUUGUAGAUAUUUCUCCCCUCAAAGCAACAAAUGCCUGAUUGCCUUGGACAGUAUCAACUGUAUCCGCUGUUACUCAACUUCAAAUAAAUUACUUUGACCAUUAAAACUGCAUCUGUAAUGUACACAAUGCACAGACUGUCUAUUCCGAUCCCCUGUUUGUUAAAUGGAUGAGCCACCGAUAAACCGUUCCAUUAAACAUAGCUUAGUAAAGACAAGCUUUGGAUUUCUCUACCAUUGGCUUUUCUGUAAAGGGAUGAUUAACUCGGGUUUAUCCAUUGUCCCUGCAGAGCUCUGGCAUUCCGGAAGUGGAAGUUUGACAUGCACAGCAACAGUAACCAAGGGGCGUGGCUUGGUGCACGGGCGGUUCUUCCCUGCUUACCCACGCUCCGUCCAUCUCGUGCUGUUCUCCACCCUUUCCUUGCACUUUAUUUCGGCACUAAACAUUUUGCUCCAAGAUAGAAAUCUCCCUCUCGUCCCUGGGUUCCUCUCGCCCACUCGCCACUUCCACACAGUGAGACCACAUGUGUAGGGCCUGCGUGCUGCCGGGGCCUUCAAUUAUAAAAGAUAGCAGCUCAACCAGGAACGGCCUUCCUCUGGGCUCAGAACUAGCAGCAGAGCUUCUCUCUUUCAUUGUACACUUUCCUGCACGGAAGGCUAAAAAAAAGGAGGAAAAAAACAUCUGCUCUGCUGGAACAAGCAAAAAAUGAAACUGACCACUUGACAUGAUCUGAAUAAUGCGCUGAGAUGUCGAUGUUUCUGUUUUUAACAAUGCAUGGAAAUAUGCCUGACCAGUGCUGGCGUUCAAUGAUCAAAGCAAGACUAGUCAAUCAGAGCUAUUAACAUUGAGCUUUGCUGGUGGAAACCUGAGUGGCUGCUUGGGUUAGCACGCUAGUUUGCGUGCACACACCCGUUACUUUGGCUCUUUCCAUGCAUUUUGCCCCCUCUUAUUCCAGUAGGUAUUUCUGUCACAUCCCCCCUCUGUUUUAUAUGUCUGGCAUUAGUUUUUAGUGGGCCUCGCAAACAUUUUGCCUCACUUCAUCUGUGCCAACUUUUAUUAGCAGUCGUAUUGAUAGCUGCUUUUUUGGCUGUGCCAGCCCAGCAGCAGGCGUAAAGGUUAACUGGUUUCCCAUUCUGCCGUCUGCAAAAGACAUUAGCGUGUGUUCGCUGGACUAGCCCAGUCGUUAAGUUCCAUUUAACCAGCAGGACGUUCAGCGUAAUCUAUGGUUGUCACUGCACGCAGGUAAUGAUGUGAGAAAACCAAUUGAGAUGAGGAAGGAAAGAGCAAGAAAAGCGGAAGAAUGAGUGAGACUGUGUUUCCUGAGACUGAGAGAGAGAGAGAUCUGGUCCGUCUUUGUACAUAUUGCGUAUUAAGCACCGUUUAAAGAUUCAGCAGUGCAAUCGUGGCUGCCAGAAGAAUUGCCACAAAACCAACAGCAGAUAGUCAUGUUUUAUGACCAAGUUGUCAGUAUUGUAGCGGUACGGCAUUUAGCAAAAGUCUUGAUUUAAAUUUGAUUUAAUUUAAUUUGGUAACGUCGCAGUUUAAUGCAUUUUAACCAGUUGCCUGAAUAACUCCCCACACUGAACCAAAGCCCUAGGAGCACUAGGAGAAAUGAAAGAGGAUAUAUUUGUCCCUGCGUUUGUUUGAAACGAAGAAUCUUCUGGAUUACAAUUGCACAAAACAACUUAAGGGCAAAUUACAGGUCGGCAAAACCCCAAAUAUUUCCUUGUCAUGGGAACAGUAAUUUGUUAAGCUCAGCUGGCAUGCAGCUUCCAAGGAUUACUGCCCACAUUUUAAUGCGUGCCAUCGAUUCCUACCAUUUGUGGAUUUGUUCGCAUGAAUGAAAAUGGCCCAACGUGGAUUGAGUUACUUGCCACCGAACAGUUGAGAUUGUGGAGCGGUGCAUAUUUUGGGUAGUGACUCGUAUUUGGGAAUAAUGGGUAAAUAGCACACUAAUCAGAAACACCCAAAAGAUGAAGCCCCCUGAAGGCUGCGUUGAAGGAACCAGAGACGCCAAAUGAGGACGGUACAUACUCAGGACUCCACACAUUUUUCACCCGCACCGCAGUCUCCUUCAAUUCAGGGAAGAAAUGCUCAGGGAUUUUUCUCUCUUCCCUGUGGUUUAGGCCUCACAGCAUCUUGUUAAAUGGU